AUGGUAGUUAAACAUAUGAUACAUGGUCCUUGUGGUUCUUUAAACCCAAAGAAUGCUUGCUUGACGAAAAAAGGAAACUGUAGAAAUCGCUAUCCUAAAUCUUUCUGCUCCAUGACAACACAAGCACAAAAUGCAUAUCCUAGAUAUAAACGAUGUGAUGAUGGUAAACCCAUUCAAGUAAGAGGCACUACUUUAGAUAAUCGUUGGGUUGUUCCAUACAAUCCAUUUUUACUUGCAAAAUUUGACUGCCAUAUGAACGUGGAAAUAUAUUCUACUAUUAAAGUUGUGAAAUACUUGUAUAAGUAUAUUGACAAAGGACACGAUCAUAUGACUUUCAAUAUUACAUCUUCAAAUGAUGAGAAUAUGAUUAAUGAAAUUGAUAAUUUCCAAUCAGCAAGAUGGAUUUCGGAUCCAGAAGCUAUGUGGAGAAUAUAUGGUUUCACAUUAAAUGAAAUUUACCCAGCUGUUUAUUCACUUCAAUUACAUCUCGAAGAUAAACAACUCGUUACAUUUAACACAUCAACAAAACUUUCGCAUAUAGUACAAUCUGAUGUGUUCUCACGGUCUAUGCUAACUAAAUUCUUCAGAAUGAACAACUACAAUGAAGCCGCACGAACACUUUUGCAUAAAGAAUUCCCUGAAAAUUUUGUUUGGAAUCAUCAACAAAAAAUUUGA